GCUGUUCAUAAUCUCCAUUUCAUCAAUGUGCUAACAGUUACAUUUAUUUUUCCUUUAUGGACUCCACCCAACGUAAAUAAUUUUUUCUUGGACAUCCCCGUACUGGAAAACAAAAUCCGGACAGGGUUUGUUGGCAGUACUCACGAUCGUCUGCUUCUGUGACAGGAAAUAUGGCAGCUAAAGAAGACUACAGUUCACUCGUCCAUGGCCUGAGUAGCCUGGACUUCUCUGGAGACAGCACACCCUGCCAGCUUCUCCUGACUGGUGACACGGCCUUCCCAGUGCUAGUGACUCCAGCACAACAUGUCCUCCUGGCCGCCUCUAAGUAUGGGAAGGGCAAAAUAGUGGUCAUGAGCCAUGAGUCAUAUUUAGACCAACCGCGAUUCAUGGAUUUCCUGAAGAACGCUAUAUCCUGGCUGAAACCCUCUUUGGAAGCAGUAAUUGGUGUUAGCAACAAUCUAGGUCACCUGGAAAAGACUCUGUCCUCCUCUGGAUACAGGGUGGAAAAAGUGUCUGGUCUGAAGAAUGAUCUAGGUGUGUUCUGUACUACUGGAUAUGAUGACAGCCAGGCAGAAGAUAUUGUCACAUUCUUGAGACAAGGUGGAGGGGUGCUUAUUGGAGCCCAAGCCUGGUACUGGUCUUACUCUCACCAAAAGGAAAAUGUCCUGUGUCAUUUUCCUGGGAACAAAAUAACAUCAGUUUCUGGAGUGUAUUUCACUGACAAAUAUGGAGAGAGGGGGAACUUCUGUAUGAGUGAGAACAUACCAUGGAGUCCAGUGUAUCAAGAUAUAAAUUUUUCAGCGGAUCUAAAGCAUCUCAUGCAAGGUGUUAUUGACUUGGACAUCCAUGGACAAAGUGUGCCCUCAGAACUACUUCUUCAUGGGUCGCUAACAUUUCCAAUUGGAAUCAGCAACAACAAUCAAUGCUUUUUUGGUGCUGCAUAUUACGGCAAAGGACGUGUUUUUGUGGGUGGACAUGAAAGCUACCUGGACAUGUCAGAGCUGAAGAGCUUCAUUCUCAAUGCUGUUUCUUGGCUAGACAUGGGCAGAAAUGGAAAGAUUGGUGUUGAUCAAUCGAAAGAUCUCCUCUGUGUGUUACAGAAUGAAGGUUUAUCUUGUGUGGCUUCUGACUUGAUUCCUGGUCUCAGUGUAUAUUGCUGCACCUCAUAUAGUGAUGCAGAAGCUGAAAAGAUACAUAGAUUUGUGGCGGAAGGUGGGGGCCUGCUUAUUGCGGGCCAGGCUUGGUACUGGUCUUAUUACAACCCAAAUGUGCUUUCCCAAUACCCAGGAAAUAAAAUCCUCAACAAGUUCGGAAUUAGUUUUCUAGCAAAGACAGUUGGGCAAGGAGUUUAUAAGGCUUUGGAUCCCAAAGCAGUUGACAGUACAUACCACUUCCCUAGAGCAAUCUACCAGCUGCUAGAAGACUUGAAAAGUGGAGUUGAUCUAAAACCACCUCUUAGCUCUUGGAUGAAGAAGCUCAUACAAGAUGUCUGCACCUACAUUAGGCUUCCAACCAGCCCUCUCACCUCAUCACUACAGCAAGAACUGGCACAUCUAGUAAAAGGAUGUCACUUACCCACUAUCUGUAAACAGUUUCCUGUAAAAAACAGCUCCAAAGCGGCUUUAAUCCUUUGUUUGGCUCAAGAAGUUAGCUACCUUGAAUGUCUGGAUGACAAUGGGGAAUGUGGCCCUGAUUUGUUGGCCCAGCACCCUGUUACAGUACAGAUUGAUGCAACAAACCCAGGUGGUGAUGCAUGGAGAAGUACUGGACUCUUUCUGCCCCCUGGAAAAACUGCAGUACUAAUGUUUCAAGCAUCAGCUGUUGGACAAGGUCUUCAGGUUCAGGUUGGCUGCCAAUCAGAUAACUUGAGUGCAGCAGAGGAGUUCUAUCGUGCUCCUGUGGUUAUACAUCGGAAAGAUGUUCAUGGAGAAAAAGUGAAAAUGUCUUGUAUAUGGGGAGGUCUUGUAUAUAUAAUUGUUAAAGCAAAAAGCCAGUUGGGUCGGAUUCCAGUUACAGUGUAUGGUGCAGAACAUGCUCCAACAUUCAUUAAGGGUCAGACUAGCCUCUCUUCAUGGCAGCAAACAAUUCGUAACUAUCCAGCUCCUUGGGCUGAGCUUAUUACAGAAAACAUCGUUCUUACUGUGCCCUCUGAUGCCAUCCGCUCACUAGAGGAUCCAGAAACUUUGAUGUCAUUGUGGGAUGAGAUCAUGGCAGCUGUUGCUGAUCUAGCAGCAAUUCCUAAGAAAUUUCCCCGCCCUGAAAGGAUUGUGGCAGAUGUGCAGAUCUCAGCUGGUUGGAUGCAUGCUGGAUACCCAAUAAUGUGUCAUAUACAGUCAGCAAAAGAAAUAACCAAUGCCGAGCAUAUAAAGAAAAAUGGUUUCUGAGGACCGAUACAUGAACUUGGCCACAAUCAGCAGAGGGACAAUUGGGGAUUUCCACCUCAUACCACAGAAGCAACAUGUAACCUCUGGUCAGUAUAUGUACAUGAAACUGUCCUGCAUAUUCCAAGAGAUCAAGCACAUUCUGAACUAAAGCCAAAAGACAGGGAAAAUCGAAUCCAGCAAUAUCUAAAAAAUGGAGCCAAGCUCUCAGAAUGGAAUGUGUGGACUGCUCUGGAGACCUACCUUCAGUUACAAGAAUGCUUUGGAUGGAAUCCCUUCAAACAUCUAUUUGCAGAGUACCAAAAACUGUCAGAUGUUAGUAACAGCAAUUCGGAUAAGAUGAAUCUUUGGGCAGAGAAGUUCUCUCAUGCUGUCAAUAAGAACUUGGCUCCAUUCUUCAAGUCCUGGGGGUGGCCCAUUGAAAAGAAAACCAGCCAGACAUUGUCCACAUUACCUAUGUGGGAGGAGGAUCCUAUGAAAAAGUACACGUUUUGAGUAAGGGCAUUUACAGAAACCACCCUGUUAUAUUACAUUCCUAUUGUAAUGAGUGGAAAUAUGAAACAAAGCACACCAAAAUAUUAUUCUACUUGUUGGAAGUAUUCAAUGAUUAAGUUAUUCUGUACAACCUUUUCUUUUCGAGAUUUAUACAGAAUAUUUCAGAAAUGGAAUACAGAUAUCAUCCCUUAUUACACAAAAGCAUCCAAUAUAACCUCAUGCAAACAUAUACACAAUUAAUAAAAUAUACACACACUCAGUCUAAAUGAUCUCAGUACCCCUGGACCAGGGGAAAGAAACUCUUUUGAAGCCUGGUACUAUGGGAGGCAAUUCUCCCUAACCGUAACAGUAUAAACAAAGCAUUGCUCAGGAGAGCUCUCUAGAGGCGUGAUGGUAUCUGGAGGAGCUGUCACUCUGACUUAGGGAUCAGGGAGUUUCGGCACCAAGGUCACUGCACUUCCCACGCUUUUUUUCUCACCUGUCUCCUGGGCCGGGCCUUUUGGUUGGGACCAGAGAAAUUUUUGAUUCUUGGUCGGAGGGUCAGCCAUUGUAUUACACAAUGGUCACUUUUCACUCUCCUCUCCACUUCCUUCUCCCCCACUUUCUUUUAUUUAAGCUCCUUUGUUGUCAUCUUUUUGUAUUUUUGUUUGUACACAGUUUUUGCAUGUGUGACUGGUAGGGUGUAGGUCCCCCGAGCCUGCCCUGAAGGUCUUGAAAGGGGGUGGACAUGGCCUUCUGACUUGGCUUACCCGUUCUCAUGGGGUCUCCCUUCGGGGGAGCCCCACCUAGUACUUGGGUGGGUCUGUUUUGGCAGACCCUCCAAAGUAUGGGGUUCGUCUGGUUUUUGGCCAUAUGGACCAAGUGUAAGUACCCCAGUCCCUGUCUUGAGCCUAAUGCCCCUGGGUAUCCAAUCCUAAUGCAUUAAUAACACAAAUAACAUUUAUAUAUGUUUGCUAGUGGAUGUGAAUCUUAUCUUUAUUUUAUACUUACUAUUUAGUAAACCCUCUUCUGGCCUUUGCCAUGAUGAUUAUGGGCAUGUGAAGCCCAAUCGCAACCUCUUCUGGGAUUACCGAUGGAGAGGUGCAUGCUCGGUAACCAGCAUGCACCU